AUGUCACAUGCAGCCUUGGACCCCAGCUCCGAGAUCAUCAGCAAGGACUUAAAGGAGAAGAAGGAAGUCAUGGAGGGGGCAGCAGAGGGAAGACAUGCCCCCACUAAUGGGGACCAUACUGAGGAAAAUGGAGAGCGGCAGGCUGGCAAUGAGGUAGAUGAAGAAGAGGAAGAAGGUGGGGAGGAAGAGGAGGAGGAGAAGGAAGGCGAUGGUAAGGAAGAGGAAGAGGAGGAAGCUGAGGCCGUUGUGGGCAAAUGGGCAGUUUAA